AUGGUGGCUUUAUAAGAUUCUCUAUUAUUCCCCCUGAAAGCUAGAGAGAGAAAGUAAAAGAAAGCUGUUGAGGUCAUCUUUCCUUCCAUCCACUCCCUUUUGUAUUCUCUCUAUUUUUCUUUCAUUCUGUCUUAAAUAAAUAAACCGUUAAACUGCUUACAAUCUCUUGCAUUCUCAAAAGGGUUUGUGUGAUUUGUUGAUGACCUAACUAAAAACCCAAGCUCAAAACUCUUUUUCUAGAAGCAGUUUCCCUUUCUCUUUUUUCAAAAUCUCUACAGCCCUUUAAUUUCACACCUCGAGAAUUAAAGGGAUUUGAGACUUUAUUCCCAAUUUCAAAACCCAUAUCUUAAUUUAUCCUGAUUUUCCUGGGUACCUUUUACAAAAUUGAAUAAUUUUAGGGUUAGGGUUCAAACAUUUGUGUUUGGGGAAAAAAUUAAAAUUAUGAAGAGAGGAGGGGGCAAAUUAGAGACUUACAUGGGUCUAACACGAGCUAGAUUGGUUCAAAUUCUUGCUUUAAUUGGGUUACUGUACAUGAUGUUCAUGACUUUUGAGGUACCUUUUGUAUUUAAGAGUGUUUCACGGGAUACUUCAAGCGUUUCUUUUCAAAACGAUGCGUUUGUGAGACUACAACAGUUAGAUAGUGAAGAAGAAUUACAAGAGAAAGUUGCUCCGAUCCGACCGUUGAAAGAGUCGUUAAUGAUUUCAUCAGUUUCUCCGAAACCCCAACGUCAAAUGAGGGAAUAUAAAACCCUUUCUGGGUUGAUUUUUGAUUGGAGAGCUUUGAUUAGUACUGAAAAAGAUGGGUUUUCAGGUUUACACAAAUCUGCAAUAACUGCAUUUCAAUUAGGUGAUAAACUUUGGGAAGAUCUGAAGUCAGGGAAGGUGAAACUUGAUGUCGAAAAGGCGGCAGAAAAUCGGAAUGAAUCAUCUUGCCCGAACUCGGUUUCGUUAUCUGGUGCUCAAUUUAUGGAGAAGGGGAAGGUAAUGGUGUUGCCCUGUGGAUUGACAUUGGGGUCCCACAUUACUUUGGUUGGUAAACCAAGAGCUGCUCAUGUUGAAUAUGAUCCUAAAAUAUCAAUUUUGAGAAAUGGGGAUCAAAGUGUGAUGGUCUCUCAGUUUAUGUUAGAGUUAAUUGGAUUAAAAACUGUUGAUGGUGAAGACCCACCAAGGAUUUUGCAUUAUAAUCCAAGAUUGAAAGGGGAUUGGAGUGGAAAACCUGUAAUUGAGCAGAAUACUUGCUAUAGACAACAAUGGGGGACCUCCGUUCGUUGUGAAGGAUGGAAGUCUAAGCCUGAUGAAGAGACUGUUGAUGGGUUGAUUAAGUGUGAGAAAUGGAUCCGUGAUGAUGAUAGUAAUACCGAAGAUUCCAGGGCAACGUGGUGGUUGAGUCGGUUGUUAAGCAGGCCAAAGAAGGUGACCGUGGACUGGCCAUUUCCGUUUGCUGAGGAAAAGUUGUUUGUUAUGACCCUCAGUGCUGGUUUGGAAGGUUACCAUGUCAAUGUGGAUGGGAGGCAUUUCACAUCCUUUCCUUAUCGAACAGGCUUUUCACUUGAAGAUGCUACUGGGCUCACAUUAAAGGGAGACAUAGACGUUCAUUCUCUAUUUGCUGCUUCUUUGCCGUCAUCUCAUCCUAGUUUUGCUCCUCAAAGGCACCUCGAGAUGUCUAGUAGAUGGCAAGCUGCACCUCUUCCAAAUGGUCCUGUGGAGCUCUUUAUAGGCAUUCUUUCUGCCGGCAAUCAUUUUGCCGAGAGAAUGGCUGUGAGGAAGUCAUGGAUGCAGCAUAGACUAAUAAAGUCUUCAAAAGUUGUGGCGCGCUUUUUUGUAGCAUUGCAUGCUAGAAAGGAAGUGAAUGUGGAAUUGAAAAAAGAAGCGGAGUUUUUUGGCGAUAUUGUUAUAGUCCCUUACAUGGACAGCUAUGACCUAGUCGUGGUUAAAACCGUCGCGAUUUGUGAAUAUGGGGUUCGCACUGUGUAUGCAAAGCGCAUCAUGAAGUGUGAUGAUGAUACCUUUGUUCGGGUUGAUGCUGUUAUUAAGGAAGCAAACAAGAUUCCUGAGGGUAGCAGCUUGUAUGUGGGUAACAUUAACUACUAUCACAAACCUUUGCGUAGUGGUAAAUGGGCCGUCACAUAUGAGGAGUGGCCGGAGGAAGAUUAUCCACCGUAUGCAAAUGGGCCAGGUUACAUAUUGUCAACCGAUGUCGCACAAUUUAUUGUUUCCGAGUUUGAGAAGCAUAAACUAAGGUUAUUCAAGAUGGAAGAUGUGAGCGUAGGAAUGUGGGUUGAGCGCUUUAACAGCUCGAAACCAGUGGAAUACAUUCACAGCCUCAAGUUCUGCCAGUUUGGAUGUAUAGACGACUAUUACACUGCUCAUUAUCAAUCUCCGAAACAAAUGAUCUGUUUAUGGAACAAGUUGCAACAACACGGCCGCCCUGUUUGCUGUAACAUGAGAUAAUCGUUUCGUGAAUUUCCCAUGAACCCAGUUUCCCAUUUGCCAAAACAAACUGAUAGAGCAAGUUUUGAAACCCGGAAUCAGUUUUCCUUCUCUGUAUAUUCCUCGAAAGGUUCGGUCUUUAUAGGUUCCAUAUUCAUUCAUUAACUGUUCUACUUCCUCUAUCUCGCCGAUUAUUGAAGUUUUUGUGCGAUGAACGAGCCUUGAAGAAGAUGAAGAUGAUGACGAUGACGAUGACGAUGACGAUGAUGAUCGAUGAAACCGGAUGAUUGACGACAAACAGCCUUAACCAGUUGGAGGGUUUUGUAAAAUAAUGUAAAGAAAGCAUAAAAAUGGAAUAGAAUCCUCAACAUUCCAGGUGUAUAAUUAUAAGUAUGGAACCAUCUAAUGACUAUUUAAUUAGAAGAUUCUUCCUUACAUUACCUGAAGAACUUUCCUGUUUUUGCUAUGUUUAUAGGCCAUGUGAAUGACUGGUAGUGAGUUUUAGUUUGGGAACCAGGAAAUUGUUCUUUAUCCUUUUUUGUAUUUGUUAAUGUUAACUCUUCAAUUUUGGCAAUAUAAGAUCAUCAUCCGGUAGUUAUGACUCGGUUAUUCGAUUUAAAA